AUGUCGUCCCAGCUUUCUCCUCCUCUGGUUCAAACUCUGAGUUCGUCUCCACCGUCUUUCACGCUUGCAGAUCCAGCGGAGCACAUUAAAGUGAACUGUUUAUAUGAAAUCGACCAUUCCAUGCUCCCUAACAGAGCACCUGAUCAACUCAAGAGUGUUCGAGUUGUCAUGGUGAAUGAGAAAACGAGGAUGAGGGUUUCGCUGAGGUACCCAAGCAUUUACUCUAUCCGAGCUUACUUGAACGACGGUACUGGGUGUUCUGGGCCGGAAGUAAAGCACAUCCCGAUGCUGGACGAGAGAUGUGUAAUCGGUUCUGAAGUUGCAGGGGAGGCUCUUUACCGGCGAAUUCUGCCUGACGAGGUAGCGAAGAAAAAAUGGGACUGGAACUUCUGGAUAGUUCCUUCUGUUGCUUCCCAGAAGGUCUCGAAUCUCCGCCUAAAGGGUUCCUCGUCUACGAACAAUGGCAGUGGUGCAUUGACCAAGGAUUCACUCUUGUCGGAACUCAAGACUCCCGGGAUAGUCAACUGGGGUCAACGCCGGAGAGUUAGGUUUAUGGGCAGGCAUGUGGAGGAUAAGGAAGAACCUUCUGAUUGGAUGGAGAAAAAUGAUAAGGAUGAUGGGAGUGAUGGGGAAGAAGACCAGAGUGAUCCGGCGAGUGGUGAAGAGGAAUGUGAGGAAGAAGAAGAUACAGAGGAGGUGAUUGUGAAGGCUAAGACGAGAGAAUGCAGGGAGAAUCUGAAAAGAAAGAAGAAUCAGUUACCAUCCUCUACAAUCCAGCUGAGGAAGAGGCCAAAACGUGGAAAGAACAAGAAUCAGAUCGUUGUUUACAGGCAGAAGAUCAAUAAGAAGAAGAAGGUGGUGAAAAAGACGAUUGACAGAUGGUCUGCUGAAAGGUAUCAACUAGCUGAGGUGAACAUGUUGAAGAUAAUGAAAGAGGAGAAGGCACUGUUUGGGAACCCAAUGUUAAGGCCAGUAUUGAGAGCAAAAGCGAGGAGGCUGAUUGGAGAUACUGGUCUGUUGGACCAUUUGCUGAAGCAUAUGGCAGGGAAGGUGGCGCCAGGAGGUGAAGAAAGGUUCCGGAGGCGGCACAAUGCAGAAGGUUCAAUGGAGUAUUGGUUGGAGAAGGCCAAUCUGCUAGACUUAAGGAGGGAGGCUGGAGUGCAAGAUCCAUACUGGAUUCCACCACCUGGUUGGAAGCCUGGUGAUAACCCCUCUCAGGACCCUGUAUGCGCUACCCAGAUCAAGAAACUAACUGAGCAAGUUGAGAAACUGAAAAGGGACAUGGAAGACCUGGCUUCGAAGAAACAGGAGGAAGAACUAGCCAUUGCAGCCAUGCCAAUUUCUUCAUCACUUACCACUUUAAGCAUGGAACAUGACAACCUACUUACUCCGCUCAAGGAGAUGUUCAUCGAUCUGUCCAAUAAGAAGGCUAAAAUUGAAGAACAACUGGCCGAAAUCUCUGAGUCCUUACUUGCCAUGGAGGAAGCAAUGGCCACAAGAAAUAGAUCAGAAGAGAAACAACUGGAACGACAGCAGCAACUAGAAGAAGAAACAAUGACACAGCUCAUGAUCACACAAUCGGAGGAACAACAUUUUGAGGAAGGAAACCGGAGCCAAAACUCAACUACACCGACUCCAAUGGAAGACAGAGCAGCCAAAAUACAAAGGCUGAGAUCAAGCGGGUUCAGGAUAUGCAAGCCAGGGGGGACUUUCCUGUGGCCUGACAUGGCUACAGCCUCCUCUCCAACAGUCCACCUCGAUGGCUUCCUCGCUAGAACUCCUUCUUCUGUCUCUUCCUUAUCCUCCUCCAUAACCACACUCACCUCCGCCGACUCUCAGCACUCUCCUUCCCCGUUGAUGAGGCCAGUAGCUGAAAGGACAUCCGACUUCGCACUAGCUCUAACCACACCACCUUCUUCCUCUGCUGUUCCUUCUAUCCUCCGCCGACAGGGGAGAAACAACAGCGCUACUCCUAGAACUCCUCUGAUCAACCUCAACGAAGUUCCCAGAACCCGAACUGAGAAUCCGAAUCAAGUCUCCCCUGGUCCAGUCACCUACCAGAGAAGAAACCAUCAUCAGAGUUUCAGUGCUGGAACUAUGGCAGCUGCAUCAUGCCUUCCGUUGGGAGUACAGACAUGGCUGGCUAUCGGCGGUGGUAAUCCGUCGUCGGAGAAGGACUGCAAGCGAGGCUAAGUUAGGAGAAAUGCUACUAUAGUUAUACAUUAGAACAGUUAUUAUUCUGGUAUGAAUUUAAC